AUGGCUGACCCUUCAUGGUGGAAGCUAACCUUCUUGCGGAAAAAGAAAUCCGAGGCAAAAGUUCUGUAUGAGAUACCUCCAGACUUCAGUGCCAACAAUGAGAAUAAAGAACUCAACAACGACGCCACAAACAGCAAUUUAGAUGCCAGACUGGAAAAAAUAGUGGACAAAUCUGCCACUAAGGGCCGUCAUGUGAAAGUCUCGCAUUCUGGGCGGUUCAAAGAGAAGAAGAAGGUUCGAGUGACUCUUGCUGAAAACCCCGGCCUUUUCCCUGAACCUGCUCGGACAGACAAGAACCAAGUGGUGGAAAAUUAA